AUGCAAGCUCAGGUGGAAGCUGCGUGUAAUAGAGAGCGCUACGAAGCGUCAGAGGAACGAUGCGCCAACGCCGAGAACGAGCUCGCACGUCUGCGGUCGAAGACGGAUCAGUUGAGCUCACUGAUGUUGCAGCAUCAGCACAUGCUCUCGAAAAGCGAGGCAAAGCUGGAAUCUGCAGCGUUGCGCGUACAGAGUCUCACAGUCGAAAGAGACUCGGCUGUCCGUGAGGUUGACUUCUUGCGCAAGAAUGAGGAGAAGAUCCAGCAAGAGCUGAUCACGGUGCGCUUGGACAAUACGAAUUUGCUAAAACUCAUGGAGUCGACGCGUCGCAUGGAAAGUGGGCGCGAGGAGCGUGACCGCCGUGAAGUGGAGAUUUUGUCAAAGAAAGUGACGACACUCGAGACGAAACUGCAAGAUGCAUACGAAAAGCUUGAUGCGAAGGAAGCCACUUGCGGAGCGCAAGUUCUGGCUGUUGAGAGGGAAAAGCAAGCAGCAGUGAGUGAACUAACGAAGCUUAAGGAGGCCCAUGGUCAAUUGAAAGAACAGUUUGCGCGGCUUAAAGAGCAGAAAAAAGCUUUAGACGAUAAGUUCGCUUUGCUGGAAAAGGAGGCCGCACACAUGCGUGAGCAGCUACGAAAGGGGGCAAGUGUCGCAGCUGCUGAACGCGUGGCAGCGUUGGAGGUCCAACUACGCGACGCUCAGCGCGAAGUGCAAGCGUCGCUUGUGUCACGAAAGACGCUUACCAAAAGCUUGACAAAGUACAAGGUUUUGGCUGAAGCGAGUGAAAAGAGUCUGGCGGAGUUGUCAAGCGCGAGUGAGAAAUGGAAACAAAGCGAAGCCGAGAAGAUGCAAGAGCUUGAGAAGUCCCGUGCUCAAUUGAAAGAAGAUCUGGUAAAGGCACGUGUGGACUUGAAGGAGCAUGUCAUCGAGAACAACAGCUUGCGGGAAGAGAUCGAUCGAGCCGAGAAAACGCACAAGCAAUCGGUUACACCCACAGCAAACGUCAGCUCUACUAGUGUCUUGCUACUUUGCUCGCUUCGAAACGUUCUCCUCUUCUUGCAUGCGAAAACCAUAGCGAGCUAG